AUGCAUGGCGGGUGCACGGCUGGGGAGAUCCCCCUGAUGAACGCCGUGGCGCGUGAGGCCGCCCGCGGCGCGCUGCUGCGCGUCGCCCCCGAGCGCGCCGGCUCGUUUGUGUGGGUGCCGCGCCUGCUGAGCUUCCCCCACCCCUUCCUGGACUCCAAGAGCCUGCUGGCCGGGGUGCUGGCCGCCUUCAUAUUCGCGGCCCUCAUGUUUGGGUUUGUCACCCAGGUUGAUGAGUCGCACAGCGCGUGCCGAACAUCUGCUGUCAACUAG